AUGAGAUCACCCACAAGUGUUCAAGCUACAGACAUGGACUGGCUGCUUUGCUUUUCCCUCAUGCUCACUCACCUGCUGCUAACAGACAGCUCGGAGAAAACGGAAAUCAGCGUAACACAGCGACAGAGGCCGAUCUGGAGGAAAACAGGACAAAAGGUUGUUCUGCCUUGUACUGUCAGUUCUGACAGCUCAUCCGGAAGCAUACAUUAUAUGUGGUUUGUUUUCAAAGAAAACUCCCACUUUCCUAUCAAACUGAUUUCACCCAAAUACAGCCUGGACGGAGCAUCUUUAGACAUCAAGCCACUUAAUAUUAAUGACAGCGGGAUCUACUACUGUGCUGCACAGACGUCUGGAAACCCAGCAAAGGACUCACAGCAUGUAGGGACGGGUACGGUUCUUACAGUGACAGGCCACGUUAAAACUUUGACAAUGCACAUUCUUCUGUGGUCUUCAUUGGUCCUCCUGGUCAUCUACAGCACGGCAAUCGUGACGCUUAUCAUUUUGAAAAAGCAUGGCUGCAACAUGACCUGCUGCAGAAGGAGGGGCAAAAUCGACAAGAAAAAUGAAUCAACUAAAAAAACAAGAUUCCGCAAUGUGCUGCAAGAAAUGAACAACAGAAGGAACUUGGAAAGAAGCGAACACGCGUCAGGACAAAGCGGUUUACAAGUGGAGCCAGCAAGUCCUGAAAUCAACAUCUCAACUGAUGACAUCUAUCAAAAUGUCAUCUGAGUUGGUCAAGUAUUUUGAAUGACAGAGUCAGACUAUCAUCAGAGAAGAUUUCCACAGCCACGCAACACCUGGCACGAGGACACUCAUGUGACUGAGGAAAUUGACACAUCAGCAGAGGAUGCAAGUUGGUUGCAUGCCGGGGCACUUUUAUUUUUUUUAAUGAAAUGAGAUAAACACACCUCAACAAAGAUACUGUUCCUCUCCUCUCCGAUUUUUAAGUUUUAGAUGUGUUCUGACGGCAUUUAUAGUUCUGCAUUAUAUUUAUUAUUAUAUUUAUACAUUCUGCUGGCAUUUUGUAACACAUUCAAACAUUUCUUCUCAAAACCAGGUCAGUGUUUACCUGUGAUAACCAGGAAAAUCUAGUUCAGUUCACAAAACCUUCUCAUAUUACUGGAGUGUCUUACAUACAUUUAGGAUAAUAACCCAUUUAAAGGGGGAAACAGCACUACAGUUUUAUGCCUCUGGAAACCAGUGCAGUUUCAGUCAACAUCAUUUUUUUUUUUUUUCCAAACUCAUGUGAGGUUACACCUUCACCUUUGACCUCUUGAUCAGGUCAUGCUUAAGUCCAAGCGCCUGUUUGUCUAGUAAAGAAAAUUCCAAAUGGGUGUUCCUGAUAUAUCAUAUUCACAACAACAAAAAUACCUUUAAUCUUUGAGUCAAAGUGAUUGUUUUGUAUCAAAUCUGAAUAAAAUUCGC